GACAGCCUGCGUAUCCGAAGGUUCAUUUAUUUAGUUUUUAUUUAUUUAUAUAAAAUACUUAAAUCGAAUGAAUACCGAAUUUACCACAAACCAGUGUGAAUUAAGAGAUGUUUUGCAUUUUUAUGAACUGAAAUAGCAGUAUAGUGUUUCGCAGCGUGUGUGUAGUUCACAAUCGCAGGGCUGGGAAUUCGGGUUAAAUAUUCAAAAUGGCUGACGGAGGAGCAUCAAGUCAAGAUGAGAGUUCAGAACCAGAAUCCAAAAUGAGAACCCCGUCAGAAAGCAGUAAAGAAGCAGAGGAUUCUGGAACAGGAAACGCUGGUGCUAAGACAAACGGACUGGACCAUCAGAGGCAAACUGUGCAGAACGCUAACGCUAAUGCAAUCACCAGUGUGCAGACACAUGCCCUGCUGCAGCAGCUGGCUCUGACUCCGGUGCAGCAGCAGAUGUUGCUCCAGCAGGCCCAGGCUCAGCUUCUCGCCGCGGCCGUGCAGCAGAGUGCCACGUCUGGGGCCGCCAUCUCCGCCACCGCAGCCACGCCCAUUACCCAGAACCCCCUGUCCCAGCCCAUACACAUCGCACCUGACCUUCAGCAGCCGAAUCUGAACCUGCAGCAGUUUGUGUUGGUGCAGCCGGGUCAUCCAAUCACAACGCAGCUUCAGCCGGCCCAUUUCAUCAUCUCCCAGCCUGCACUGGGGCAGCCCGGUAUCCUGCAGGCCCCGAACCUGCUGACACAGCUACCUCACAGCCAAGCCAACCUGCUGCACACCCAGCCAGCCCUCACCUUCACCACACAGGCAGCGAUGCCGACACGCACGAUAACAGCCACACCCAUCCAGCCCCUCCCCCAAAGCCAGGCCACGCCCAAACUACUGCACACGCCCAGUCUGGAGGAACCCAGCGACCUGGAGGAGCUGGAGCAGUUCGCCAGAGCCUUCAAACAGCGGCGAAUCAAACUGGGCUUUACUCAGGGGGAUGUGGGCUUGGCCAUGGGGAAGCUGUAUGGGAAUGACUUCAGCCAGACGACCAUCUCGCGGUUCGAGGCUCUGAAUCUCAGCUUUAAGAACAUGUGCAAGCUGAAGCCCCUGCUGGAGAAGUGGCUGGGGGACGCAGAGAACCUGACUCUGGACCAGGCUCUCUCCAGCUCUCUGGACUCCGCUGCGCUGGAGGGGCUGAACCGCCGGCGCAAGAAGCGCACCAGCAUCGACACCAACAUCCGCCUGGCCCUGGAGCGGAGCUUCCUGGAGCAGAAUCCCAAACCCUCCUCGGAGGAGAUCUCCUCCAUCGCGGACCAGCUCUGCAUGGAGAAGGAGGUGAUCCGCGUCUGGUUCUGCAACCGUCGGCAGAAAGAGAAGAGGAUCAACCCCCCCAGCAGCAGUGCCAGCAAAGCCAUCUACUCCCCCCCUGUGUCCAUGGUCCCCAGCACAGCGAGCCUCGUGAGCAGUAAUUCUGCGGCGGCCCUGACGGUUACUCCAGUUCUGCCUCCCCUCACCAGCACAGCCAGCACCACCCUGGCAUUCACAGGCGCGAGUCUCGGUGCUUUAACCAAGAGCACAGCGCCGGUCGUCUCCACGGUGACUGCAUUGACCUCGCCGGUGACCUCGUCCCUGCUAAGCCCCGCCUCCGGCAAGCGUCAGAGUGCAGGGGCGGAGCCAGCUGGAGCCCAGGGGGCGGGGCAAGUGGUGGUGGCCACGCCCAGUUUAGCCGCCAUUGCAGCAGCCGCAGGGCUCGGCCCCGCCCUCAUGACCUCCCCGCAGUUCACCCCGGGUGGCGGGUUGCUAAGUUUGGCCCCAGGGGGCCUCGGUGGUGCCCUGUUGAGCAACAGCACACUGGCCACCAUCCAAGCUCUGGCCUCCAGUGGCUCCAUGCCCCUGGCCUCUCUGGACGGCUGUGGGAAUCUGCUCUUCGCCAACACCAGUACGGGCAUGGGCGGGGCCUCUGGUCUGCUGACCACGCCCCUGUUCUUGAGCCCCCAGAACCUGUCUCUGCUCGCUGCCAGCACCCCCCUGAGCCUGGUGUCCCCCACCCCCCUCAACCUGCAGGUCACCUCCCCCUCCUCCGCCCGCGCGGUGACCACGACAACCCCCGCCAACACCAUCAUCACGGCCGCCAAGGCACAGUGAGCUCGCUCCUGUGAGGCCGCGCCCCCCCAAUCAUUCUUUAAAAAGUUACGUUUCCUCUCGGCAGGGCUGCGAUUGGACACUUUUAUUGAGGGAGGGUGUGGCAAUGUGUGCGUGUGCGAGUGAGACAAGGAAGUGGUUUGUUGACCAUGGUUACCUGACUGACUAAACCAGCGCAGUCCUGUUGUGUUUGUGUGGGGGAAUUGUGGGAAAUGUAGUCCCCUUCCUGUGGUUUUCCCUGUCCUUCCUGUCCAGGACUGCCACUGGAAAACUACUAACUAAUCUAACCAAAAAGAUUUAUUCAGUGAUGUAGAUUAUUAUGUUAAUAACGGCUAUCACGGAAUGGGUCGGUGCGUCCGUUCGUGUGUGUGUGUGUGUGUGCAUGCAUGUGCGCGUGCGCGUGUGUGUGUGUGUGUUUUAACGUUACUGAGCAGUCUCUUGUGGCCUGCACAAAUCACACUGUUUAUCUCCAAACUUCUGACUGAGGGACUGCGGAGACCUGCCUUAAUCUGUGCCUCUGGCCUCCUGCAUAUUUACUGCUGUAUCCGCUCCUCCUGCUGCAAUGUGUGUGUGAGAGUGUGUGAGAGUGUGAGAGUGUGAGAGUGUGAGAGUGUGAGAGUGUGAGAGUGUGAGAGUGUGAGAGUGUGAGAGUGUGAGAGUGUGAGAGUGUGUGUGUGUGAGAGUGUGUGAGUGUGUGUGUGUGUGAGAGUGAGAGUGUGUGAGAGAGUGUGUGUGUAUAUGUGUGUGUGUGUGUGUGAGUGUGAGAGAGUGUGUGUGUGUGUGUGUGUGAGUGUAUGUGUGAGUGUAUGUGUGAGUGUAUGUGUGAGUGUAUGUGAGAGUGUAUGUGAGAGUGUGUGUGUGAGUGUGAGAGUGUGAGAGAGUGUGUGAGUGAGAGAGUGUGUGUGUAUAUGUGUGUGAGAGUGUGUGAGUGUGAGAGAGAGUGUGUGAGUGUGAGAGAGUGUGUAUGUGUGUGUAUGUGAGAGUGUGUGAGUGUGUGAGUGUGAGAGUGUGAGAGUGUGAGAGUGUGUGAGAGAGAGUGUGUGUGUAUGUGUGUGUGUGUGUGUGUGAGUGUGAGUGAGUGUGUAUGUGAGUGUGACCACCGGAGGCUUUAAAGUGUGGAAGCAUAUGUUUUAGCUCAGAUCAUCGUCUCACUAUUAUGGAGCUUUAAGUACAUGUGUGCAGUGUGUCUAUAGAGAGGUGCAUGUGUGCAGUGUGUCUAUAGAGAGGUGCAUGUGUGCAGUGUCUCUAGGGAAGUGUUGCUCAUAGCUUUAGUGGAAGUGGGGUGGGGGUGGGGACUACACCACUCACAUGUACCAAACAUGAGUGGAGCACACCUGUCCAUAGGGCUGUCUUUAACACCAGAGCUUCAUUAUAUAACAAAUAAUAGUAAUAAUAAUAGUAAUAAUAAGAAUAUGCAAUAAUGCAAUAUUUAUAUGAUCCAAAGAGCUGAUGCACACUGGAGCUCAAUUUGACUGCCUGCUCGGUGUGUGUGUGUGUGUGUGUGUGUGUGUGUGUGUGUGAGAGAGAGAGAGAGAGAGAGAGUGUGAGUGAGUGAGAGUGUGUACACAGAGAGGAUGAGGAAAGGUUGGGUGUGUUUUGGUCGGUGUUCAGCUGGGGAGGACUUAACACUAUUUGUUUUUGUUUAAAGUAUUGUUUAAGGUGUGCAUACGAGCUAACGGUGGGUUUAGAUGGGUAUAAAUGUUGGUGUUUAUAAUGUAGAUGGAUAUUUGGGUUCAGGGGGUACAGUAUUAGUCAUAAAGCAAAGCUCAAACCAAAUAAGGUUAUAUGUGUGUGUGUGCGUGCGUGCGUGCGUGCGUGUGUGUUUGUACAUUUGUGAUAUCCUCUUUUUGGGGUACAGGAGGUUACUACAGGAAUCAUGGACCCCCUUUGAUGGGUGGAGCCAUCAUAUGCUGUCAAUCACUUGUUUGAACCAAUCAGGUAGAUUUUGGUUUAUUUUCCAUAGCAGCUUGGUGGGUUCUGAUUGGCUGAGAACAAGGGCCUUGCCUUUUAUGACUUGUAGUUCAGUCCUCCAGUAGCAAGAGGGCGACACAGCCUUGUAUUCCUCAGCUGUUCCACCGCAGUACCUGCUGAAAGAUCUCAGCAUUUGACUCAACCUCACUGAUCAUGUGCAUCUGCGUGUGCAGUAGUGAUGUCCAAGGCAUGCAUCUGUUCUGAACAUUCACCAGAGACCUCUGGAUGCAGGAUUAUCAGUAACAAAGCAAAGUUGAGAAUCAGAAAUGUAGCAUUAAAACUUAACGUCAGCCAUCUCAUGUACAAAAGGCUAUGGCGGAGGUGAUUUCAUAUCACAGUGUAGUUUGACGUCGUGGAUUUUUAAAAAAGCUUUGUAAAUUUUUGCAGUACAAUCCUGUCGGUCAUCUCAUGAAUGAACUUUGGCUUUGCCCUCGUUCUGUGGGUCUUUGUGAAGCUUAUGAAGAUAAGUUCAGAAGCGGCGUUGCAGCAUCACUAGAACCCUCUAGAACCCUCUAGACCCUCGUCUCUAGAAUGUUGUCAGGUCUCUGGAGUGGAGGAGCUGUCAGAGUGUGUGUGCCUGUCACAUGGUCCUGUGUGUGUGUGUGUGUGUGUGUGUGUGUGUGUGUGUGUGUGUGUGUGUGUGUGUGUGUGUGUGUGUGACGUGUCAUGGGCAGUGUGUGAGGCUCCAGGCCUCCUCUCCUCCCCCUGUACGUGUAGAUUGGAGGAGGAGGCGGUGGAAGGGAGGUCCAGUCUGCAGUUUUGGGGAGCACUCUGUGUCACAGGCCUCCGCUCCGCCCCCCUUUGGGCAGCGUGAUGCCUGCCUCCGCCCUCAAAUACUCAUCUGUGCUCUGUUGAUCUUGUCUGAUGCAUUUGAGCCUGCAAGAUGGGUGUGGUUUACAUUUUCAUGGCCAUUUAAUGUGUUCCAAUGCACCAGGCAAACCUAGUUGAAUGCAAAAAAAUAAAAAUAAUCUAAAAAAAUAAAAACAAUAUUUGAAUUUAAAACAAAUACUAUUUGAACCUAGGUCUGCUCAGUACGGCGUAAUGGAGCAGUGUGCAUAACCUUAGUGCUGCCUGCACCGGUCUGAACUGGUCUGAACCGGUCUGAGCCGGGGUAAACCAGUCUGAACUGGUCUGAACUGGUCUGAACCGGUCUGAACUGGUCUGAACCGGUCUGAACUGGUCUGAGCCGGGGUAAACCAGUCUGAACUGGUCUGAACCAGUGUCCGUAGGACCCCUGGUCCUGUUGGAGGGGACCCCAAAAUGUCCUGCUCUGAUGAGGGGCUGUACCCGUCUGUGACAGGGCGCCUCUCAACUCUCCCUUUCAUACAACACCUCUUACACACAGCUCCUACUGCAGACAUCCUCUUCUAGCCAAGCUCACCUGCUCUGUCUUUGUGCUAUCGGCUGUUUGCUUAUUUCUUUAAAUAAAAAUGAAAUGGACAAAAAGGUAGAGUUGUAGGAGGUGCUACUGUUAAAGUACUGCUAAUGCUACAGUGCUUCUGUUAAAGUCGGUGCUACUGCUUGUAGAGUUAAUCCAUUCUGAUUCAUUAAGAUCCUGCUUAUGGGGGAGAGGUGCACUGUGGGAUUGAGGUCGUCUCGGCUCCCAGUUUUCACAUGCAUGUCCCGCAAUGAUGUAAACCAGACAAAAAUCUUUAUUAUUCUUAAUGUGAUCCAUUAGUGAAUGUAGUGCUUUUUUCGCAACAAUACAAAAAGGAAACAUGUAUAUGUACAUUAAAAAAAAAAAAAAAAAUUUAAACAAUUUUUGCGAGCACAGUGCUGUAUAGUGUGUGUGGCCUAUGGAUGGGGUGUGGCCUGUGGCUGGGGGUGUGGCCUGUGGU